UGAUUGGCUGCCGCCUGUUGCUGCCGCUGCAUAAAACGCGCUGCAGAGAUGAAACGCAUCAGAUAAGUCGGACUGGAGCGCGUUUUUUCUGGAGAGACGGGAAGAUUAUUUUCUAAAAACCUGGAGGAUCAUGACGGGUAAGGAGGAGGUCAUCCUUUCGGACUCUGAAAAUAAGCAGAGAGUUGCUCCACUCAGCUUCCACGCCGGGUCGCAGCUGCAGCCCCCCGUCUGGAAGAUGGCCCCCACGGCGCAGCGGCGCACCGGCUUCGGCAUCCAGGAGCUGCUCGGCCUCAACAAGGAGCCGCCGACGGUCACGCCGCGGCGGCCGCUGGAGGCUCUGCCGCCGCGGGCGCACGUCCUGGCCCACAAACCGGGCCUGGGGAUGGGUCUGCUGGGCCCGGACGGGGUGCACCCGUUUUACAGCCAGCCUGCGUUUCUGGAGGUGCUGUCCAAAGCGCAGAGCGUGCACCUGCAGCCGCUGCACGCCGCGGCGCACGUGGACGCGCAGAUGGACGCGCAGCACUCAGGUGCGAGCUCCGAUUCAGAUGAUUUAAGCUCCUCUGGAGAUCAGAAAUUCUCUUCAUCCUCCAUGAGUCAAAGCAAGAAAAGAAAGAAAAGGAGACACAGGACUAUUUUUACAUCGUAUCAGCUGGAGGAGCUGGAGAAAGCCUUUAACGAAGCUCAUUAUCCAGAUGUGUACGCUCGAGAAAUGCUCUCCAUAAAGACGGAGCUGCCAGAGGACAGGAUACAGGUUUGGUUUCAGAACCGCAGAGCCAAGUGGAGGAAAAGGGAGAAGUGCUGGGGGCGCAGCAGCGUGAUGGCGGAGUACGGCCUGUAUGGAGCCAUGGUCCGUCACUCCAUCCCACUGCCGGAAUCCAUCCUCAAGUCGGCCAAGGAGGGAGUCACGGACUCUUACGCUCCGUGGUUACUGGGUAUGCACAAGAAGUCUGUAGAAACAUCUCAGCCAUCCACAGGGAAGCCCUGCAGUCUCACCCCGCCGCCGCCACCGGUGCAGGAGCUUGACGAAGCAGUGCACGCUGAGAAGCAGAAACAGAGCAAACACGCCAGCUCUCCGAUAUCCAAAGAGGAACUGCGGGAAAACAGUAUCGCCGUUCUGCGGGCGAAGGCACUGGAACACAACGCCAAGAUGCUCGGGAGCGUUUCUGAGAAAACAAACGACCACGCAACGCAGAAAGAGGAGGCGGAGGAUGAGCUGGCGGAGCAGGAGAUGGCCGAGGAAAAGAACUGACUCCAAAGUCCCUUCAGUUGGUUAAUCUUAAACUGUUCAACCACUUGACUGUAAAGCUACGUCAACACUGCCCUCUGCAACGCAUCCACUUCCAGUGAACAGUCUAUGUAAACACUAGGAAAGUUUUCACAAACGUGUGUCCAUUGAGCGUGUGUUGAAAGUUAGAGCAGGUCAGACUGACCAAUCAGGGACUCGGAUUUAGUGGUGACGGAAGGAUGCUGUCAAAUCAGGAUCAGCUUCAAGUGAACGAAAAAACGGAUUACAAACUUGAAAAAUAGAUGUUGUAACUGAAACAAAAAAAUUGUAAAAUUUGAAAAAAGAAAAACUGAAAAUUUAAUCGAAAAAAA